AUGAGGAUUUUGUUUUGCAAGAUCAACUGUCCAUUCAUUUGCUUCUGCAAACCCUCUGCUGCUCAUCUUUACACUUCUGGGAAAUUAAAAUUGGAAAAUGCCCCACGUGUACCUUCAACAGAUUUUACUGUUUCUGAUACCACUGAUGACAAUGUAACUGGAGGAACCACUAAGGUAAAAAAUGUGAGAUUAAAUGGAAAGCUGGAUGCUGAGUAUGUACCUAAGAGCUGUAUUAAAAAGCCCUCUUCUGGGCAUGAUGCCUCCAACGAGAUCGAAAAGAAAAAAGUUCAAUGGAAGGAUAACUUAGGGAAAGAACUUGCUGAGAUCAAGGAGUUUGAAUCCAGUGAAACAUGGGAUACAGAGAAUGAAGAGGAAAAUAGCCAUUGUCUUUGUGUUAUUCUUUGA